UCUGCCUCUCCUUUUCACUCUCUCCCUUAUCCGUGUCCCUGCUUUUAUUGAUUGCCAUAUGCGGGAGUGGGGGCUUAUUUAUUGUUUUUCCUGCUUCCCGGCUUAAAAGCUCAGUUGGGUAUUAGUUAAAUUCAGUUAAUGCCACCGCGUGAGGCGACUCUUUCUUUUCUGGUGCGUGUUCUUGCUCUGUUCCUAGUUUUCCUUUUAUCUCUGAGCUAUUUGAUCAUUAUUUUGAUCUACCCAAGAGCGAUUGUUUUGUUUUGCAUCAAGAUCAUUGCCUUUGUUAUUCUUAGUCUUGUCAACUUGCUCAAAUGGCAAGGCCAUGGAGUUCUCUUAUGCAAAAGCUCUUUCACUUGGUACUACUGUUCAUGUUUUUCUGUGUCAUUCUUGUCGAAUCUUUGAAUGAAGAUGGUGUUUCUCUUCUGGAGUUUAAGGGCUCCCUUGUUGAUCCUGACAACAAUCUUGAGAGCUGGAAUUCGUCUGACUUGACUCCUUGUAACUGGAUUGGCAUAGGGUGUACAGAUUUCGAGGUAACUUCUGUAAAUCUCAAUGCCUUUAACCUGUCUGGUACUUUAUCUCCGACCAUUUGUAAUCUCCCUCAAUUAACAGAGUUGAAUGUUUCCACAAACUUCAUCUCUGGUCCCAUUCCUAAAGAUCUUACUCACUGUCAUAAUCUAGAGAUUUUAGACCUUUGCACAAAUAGGUUUCAUGGAGAAUUGCUGGCCCCAAUCACCAAAAUGGUGGCACUUAGAAAGGUUUACCUGUGUGAGAAUUACAUGUAUGGUGAAAUGCCUAAAGAGAUUGGAGAUUUAACUUCGCUUGAAGAGCUUGUCGUUUAUAGUAAUAAUCUCACUGGCUCAAUUCCUACAUCAAUUGGUAAGUUGAAACGGCUUAGGAUCAUCAGAGCUGGUAGAAACCUUUUCUCGGGUGCAAUACCAGCUCAAAUUAGUGAGUGUGAGAGCUUAAAGGUUUUAGGACUGUCACAGAAUAGGCUAGAAGGUUCUCUUCCUAGUGAGCUCCAGAAACUUAAGAAUCUCACCAAUUUGGUCCUUUGGCAAAACCAUUUGUCUGGUGAGAUCCCUCUCGAAAUUGGGAAUAUCAGUGGGUUGGAAUUACUUGCCUUGCAUGAAAAUGCUUUCACAGGCGUUUUACCCAAAGAGCUAGGGAAGUUAACCCAACUAAAAAGAUUGUACAUAUACACCAACCAGUUGAAUGGAACAAUUCCAGUGGAACUAGGGAACUGUACAAGUGCUAUUGAGAUAGAUCUUUCUGAAAACCGGUUGAGUGGGUUCAUUCCCAGAGAGUUGGGCCAGAUUUCUAGCCUUCGCUUGCUUCACCUUUUCGAAAACCUCCUACAGGGAAGUAUUCCUAGGGAACUUGGACUACUAAAGCUGCUGCAGAAUCUGGACUUGUCCAUAAAUUUUUUGAUGGGUCAAAUCCCACUAGAGUUUCAAAAUCUCACAUACUUGGUGGAUUUGCAGCUUUUUGACAAUCAUCUUGAGGGUUCUAUUCCUCCUCACCUUGGACUUAACGGUAACCUUUCUAUUGUUGACAUGUCCGCAAAUAAUCUUAACGGUAGCAUACCUCCACAUCUCUGCAAGAAUAAAAAACUGAUAUUUCUGAGCCUUGGGUCAAAUAGGUUAUCUGGAAAUAUACCUUAUGGCCUAAGAACAUGCAAGUCUCUAAUGCAACUAAUGCUGGGUGACAACCAGUUUACUGGAAGCCUUCCUGUUGAGUUAUAUAAACUUCACAAUCUUUCUGCUCUUGAACUCUAUCAAAACCAAUUCUCGGGGCUAAUACCCCCAGAGGCAGGCAGGCUUAGAAAUUUAGAGAGGCUGCUCUUGUCAGAUAACUUUUUUGUUGGGCAUAUUCCUCUGGAGAUUGGAAAUCUAGUUCAGCUUGUCACAUUUAAUGUUUCCUCUAAUCAGCUCACAGGAAGUAUUCCCCAUGAGUUGGGAAACUGUACCAAACUACAGAGGCUUGACCUUAGUAGGAAUCAAUUUACUGGCCAUCUCCCAGAUGAACUUGGGAAGCUAGUGAAUCUGGAACUUUUGAAGCUUUCAGAUAACAGAUUGAUGGGAGCUAUACCAAGUAGCUUAGGUGGUCUGGCUCGACUUACAGAGUUACAAAUGGGAGGAAAUAUAUUUUCUGGUAGUAUCCCUGUCCAGCUGGGUCAACUUACUGCUCUACAGAUCUCCCUAAACAUAAGUUAUAACAAACUUUCUGGCCCGAUUCCUGACUAUUGGGGGAACUUGCAGAUGUUGGAAACUCUCUACUUGAAUGACAAUCAGCUUAUUGGUGAAAUUCCAGCAUCAAUUGGUGAACUGCUUAGCCUUCUGGUGUGCAAUCUUUCUAACAACCACCUGGUAGGAAUUGUGCCAAAUACCCCUGCAUUCCGAAGAAUGGAUUCCACAAAUUUUGCUGGAAACAAUGGAUUGUGCAUCUCAGGCUCUAAUCAUCCAUCAACAACUCCAUCUUUUACUUCCAAACCAAGCUGGGAAAGAGAGGGUUCAUCAAAAGAGAAAAUAGUGAGCAUAUUCUCAGUUGUUGGACUGAUAUGUCUGCUUAUUAUAGUGGGUGUUUGUUGGGCCAUAAAGCACCAUGGGCCUACUUUUGUUUCGCUCGAACAACAAAUCAAAACUGACAUGUUAGAUAACUAUUACUCUCCUAAAGAAGGUUUCACCUACCAGGGUCUCUUGGAAGCUACUGGCAACUUCUCAGAAGAUGCAGUUAUAGGAAGGGGGGCCUAUGGCACUGUUUAUAAGGCUCUCAUGGCUGAUGGCAAGGUGCUCGCUGUCAAAAGGCUGAAGUCCCAUGGUGAAGGAACGAAUGUUGAUAGCAGCUUCCAUGCUGAAAUAUUGACCCUUGGAAAGAUCAGGCAUCGUAAUAUUGUCAAGCUCCAUGGCUUUUGCUAUCACCUGGACUCCAAUCUGCUCUUAUAUGAAUACAUGGCGAAUGGAAGCCUAGGAGAACAUCUACAUGGAAAUGAGCAAUCAUGUUUACUGGACUGGAAUAUUAGAUAUGGAAUUGCUCUUGGAGCAGCAGAGGGCUUGUGCUAUCUUCAUUAUGAUUGUAAGCCCCGAAUCAUUCACCGUGAUAUAAAGUCUAACAAUAUUUUACUAGAUGAAGUUCUUCAAGCACAUGUUGGAGAUUUCGGCUUGGCAAAGUUGGUGGACAUUUCGUACUCAUCAAAAUCCAUGUCUGCUGUGGCAGGGUCAUAUGGCUACAUUGCUCCAGAAUAUGCCUACACUAUGAAAGUGACUGAGAAAUGUGACAUCUACAGUUUUGGGGUUGUUUUGCUGGAAUUAAUUACUGGGAGGUUACCUGUUCAACCACUGGAGCAAGGAGGUGAUCUAGUCACUUGGGUGAGAAGAGCAAUCCAUGACAAGCUUCCAACAAUUGAAAUAUUUGACAAACGGCUUGAUCUGAGUGCGCAGUGGAUGACCGAGGAGAUGUCUCUAGUUCUCAAGAUUGCAUUGUUCUGCACCAGUACAUCUCCACUUAAUAGGCCAACAAUGAGAGAGGUCAUUGCGAUGAUGCUUGAGGCUAGGGUAGCCGUCGGCAAUUCUCCAUCAUCUCCUACACCAGAAACCCCAUUAGAUGAUGAGGAUGCUUCUUCCAGAGAUUACUUGGAGCCGUAGUUUCCCCUCCAUCCUCCAAGGGGAGAGAGCUUGCAGCACCCAUGUAUCCAUUAACAUCUAUGUUUUGAGCCAAUGUCUUUGCCUGUUCUCACUUUGGAUUAAUCAGACCAAUAAUUAUGAUUUCCUCUUUGAUCUUUGUUGUGCUGCUCCCACUGUCUCUGUCUGUCCCACUAUAGCUGAACUCAAUGAUAUCCUCCUCCAUUCAUUUCUCUCCCCUUCCUUCUAUGGAAAACUAUUCCCACAUGCAGCACAAGCAACUCUGAUUGACAACCUCUUUAAAUGUACGGAGACUAUUCAUUUAAAUAAGGUAACCAACGGAGAUGAAUUUAAUGGACU